AUGGAGGAAGCUGCGCAGGACGAAGUGCUUACGACGGUCAGGAAUUUGCUCGUUACCGGCGCGUUUUCUGACCUCACUGUGACCUGCGGUUCCGAUACAUACAAGGUUCACAAGAACAUUGUGUGUUCGCGUGUGGAAUUCUUCGCUCGUGCUAUGAAAUUUGGCGGCAAGGCAACCAACGAGAGCACCGUCGAUCUUCCCGAUGAUGAACCAGCCAUCGUCAACCUCUUAUUUCAUUGGAUAUACAAGGGCAAGUAUGAGCCUAGUGCAGCGAAACCACCGGCCUCUUCUGCGUUUCCGAAGACGCCCAAAAAGAUCACUGCAUUGGUCCCUCGAUCUGAGCGUCUUACGGAAGGAGAACCCGACGAGCUUCUCGUGCACGCUAAGAUGUACGAGAUCGCCGACAAGUACUAUAUUCCGGAACUCAAAGAGCUCGUCAAAGAAAAGUUCAGUCAGGCCUGCAAGCUGUUGUGGGAAGCGCCUACUUUCGGAAUUGCAGCUCACUAUGCAUUCUCUACCACACCGGAUCAGGACAAGGGUCUGCGGGACAUCAUCUCUGCCACUAUCGCCGCCCACAUGAAGGCCCUCUUGGAGAAGCCGGAGAUUGAGGCACUCUUGACCGAGUUCAACGGUCUAGCAUAUGGUCUACUCAAGACUCAAGUAUAUCCGGCUUCUCAACGCAACGGCUUUGGAAUGCGGUAG